UAGAGUUGAAAACUUCAUUGACGUCACCUACUUUCCUAUUUCCGGAACUAUGAGCAAGUAAAGUAAUAGCAGCCACACGAAAUGAGAUUUGUAUUGGGUACAUGAAGUUUUCAACGAGAACAAACACUACCCUGACAAGAAGUUUGGUCCACUACAGGCUCUAAUUGGAUUAUAAACUGCAUUCAUACAAAGAUUUUAUGAAUGGAGGACUACAAGUAUCUGUUUAAGGUAGUUCUGAUUGGAAAUGCUGGUGUGGGAAAAACUUGUCUCGUGAGUCGAUAUACAAAGGGGUUUUUCCCUCCUGGACAAAUGGCUACCAUUGGAGUGGAUUUUAUGAUAAAAACAGUUGAAAUUGAUGGCGACAAAGUAAAACUGCAGAUCUGGGAUACUGCUGGUCAGGAGAGAUUCCGUUCGAUCACCCAGAGUUACUACCGUUCAGCUAAUGCUCUUAUUCUGGUAUACGAUGUCUGCUCCCAGCAAUCAUAUGAAAGCUUACCUCACUGGAUACAUGAAAUUGAGUUAUAUGCUGGAACCAAAGUUCUUUCAUAUCUUGUUGGUAACAAGAUUGAUCAAGCAGACAAACGUGAGAUCCCAACACAUGUUGGUCGAGAAUUUGCUGAACGCUAUGAAAUGCGGUUUUUGGAAACAUCAGCUAAAGAAGCUGACAAUGUGGAAAAGCUGUUCUGCUCUAUUGCUCACCAGCUAACUGCCCAAGCACGAGAUUUGGAACUAAGGCCAGAACAGCAGAAUACUUUUGUCACAGGAGGCUCAACUCCAAUAUCACCUCCUGGUUGUUGUAAAUUUUGAUGACGUGUCACUGGAUCAGUUGCCCUUGGUAUAGAAGUUUCUUUGCAGCUCUUCUUGAGUAAGUUCUAUUGCUAAUGUUUGUUUUUAAAGCAUUUUUGUUGAUAAGGUGUGAUUGACAAAAGAUUUUAUUGCAAGCUUGGCUUUGAAUUUUUGAAUGAAGAUGUGUUCAUUAUUCAUAGGUAAUGGCUUUUUAGAGGCAUCAAAGAGAAGAAAUUGCCAGUGAAUCAUCCCCUUGUUAUGUAUCAUAAUAUAUUGUAGAUAUUACCAGUUUAUCACUGAAAUGAAUUCUAGUAUGUAGUUCGUUCAUUAUAAAAAAAAUACAUGCCUUGAAUCCUUGUGAUCCCCUCACUUUUUGUGUAGGUGUGGCAGUGGUGGGGGAGAAAUGUUAGAGGAGGCACAGCAUAUUAUUUCUAUGCAUGUAGGGGUGUAAGUUUAAAAGAAUAUCAUAAUAAAGAUGUCCAUUCAUCCCUUGAAUGCUGCCAGUUGAUAAAUGGUUAUGUCAUUAUCUGCUAUAUCUGCUGGUACUGCUUGUUGGGGUGGUGGUGGGGACAACUGGAUAAACACUGGCUGACAAGGAUUGCCACUUAGACCUGUCAUGAGCAGUGGUGAGCAGGUUUUGCAUAGCCCACUCCUUUAUGUUUGCAAGCCAGUUGUUCCUCUGUCCACCUUAGCAUUGCCUCCCCUCCUAACUCCCUCCAAGAUACCAUGAAGGAUGAUUUAGAGUGUUGCGCCAGCUAAAUCAGACCAACUUGUGCUACCUUAGUGUUGUUAGAAGGAGUUUCUUGUGGCCCACUGGGGUGGCAACCACGCUUCAUGUAAAUAGAUUGAAAUGGGUUGUAAGUGUAACGAAAUCAUUUAAACAGUUAAAGUUCUGUUUUGCCAUAGCAUUCUAGAUUUUAUUUCUCAGUACCUUAGUUUUAGGCAAGAUUAAAAAAUAUAUAUAUUUAUAUUCCUGGCAGAUGUGAAGGAGUCCCAUGAUUCACCUGGUGGAUGACAAACACUGAUAGUAGUCCUUGGAAAAUAUUCACGAGUGCAUACACAGUUAAAAGGAUAAAAAGCAUUAUCUGUUUACAGUUUCCUUAGUACUUGUAAUCGAAAAACUGAGUUUGAUUAAGUGAUAACGUUUAGAAAACAAAAUGCUCAUUAUGGAUAGAUUUACUGUUUUGCAUUUAUUGUGUGUGUGCACACUUAUAUGCAUGAAUGCUUACUCUUACAGACAGAAAUCCAUGCUUGUGUAAAAGUGUGCACAUGGAUUGUUGCAUAUGUUUUCAUAUAUGGAAUUUGAUACAGGUGAAAUAUGUGCCUAGGUUUCUUUGUAGAGUCUGUAAAAAGAAAUAUGUUUUUGGUAAUUUUUUUUCCCCUGCCUGAAUAUAGAGAAACAUUCCAAGCCAGUGAUAUUCUUUAUUUGGCUUAGUUCUCAACAAAAUUUGUUUUUCAGUUUUGCACAAGAGCGUUUGGACUAAAACCUCAGACACAUGAAAAAUGUGAAACCAUGUUUUUCCUGUUUGCUGAGACCUACACUGCGAACAAAAUAAUUUGGCAAACCUGUUUGGAUCUUGCUUGUGGCUUGUUUGCCGCUUCAGAACUCGUUCUAAAAUUUUGCAUGGGUUUUCAGUUUUUCAACAUGGCUUCCAUGGCCACUUGCCAAUUUGACUGAAUUGAAUUUCUGUUAAGUGAAUUAUUUAUAAAUUGAUCUUGAAUUAUGGGUCCUUCAAACUUUGUUGUUUCUCACAAAAGACUUUUUAGAAAAAACAAUCUUUAGGUCCAUUUGGCAGGCAGUAUUGGGCCAGGGCUUCUGCUUACACAAAAAAUUGCGUACAGUACGCAUUAAAAGUUCGGAGGACCCCUUCAAUUUUCGUCAAUGGGGUCCCAUUCAAAUUUGGGCGAAGAACAGGGACCCCUUAAAAAUCUGAAGAAAGGGUCCCUGGGACCCCAUAGAAUUUAGCCUUAGCAGGAGCCACUUUGGAGAUUUGACAACAUCACUUCAAAACUUCAUUGUAGAUUUUAAAAAUAAAGUUACAGUGUGCUGGUAUAAAAUGUUUGCUGUGGCUGGGUAUUAUAUGCUUUGCUGACACCAUAAAGUUGUAAAACAAGCUCAGAAUUAAGAGAAAAGUUAUGCUCUCAUGGUUAAAACUAAGUACUUAGUGCUGAUACUAGAGGUAGCAGCGCUUGAAGCCUAUGUUGUGUAGUCGUUAACUGUAGCUCAAGGCAGGAGAUUUAUCUUCUCAGUGUGGUUUUUUUUCCUCCUGAAACAGCUAUAAUUUGACUCCGCCUAUAAUACCUUUUUCAGCAUGAUUCAUACAAAAAGAUUCAUGUUGCUGACAGUCUAAUUUAGACACAACUGCUGAAAUGACAGAUUUUACUUGCCUUGCAAUGAUUUUAUUGCUAGAACAAUGCGUUCAGUAAUAGGUUUACACUAUAAAUUAAUCACUCCUUAAUCUACAAAUACAGCCACAGCAGAAGAUAUAAGCCCACAUUAUGGAGGUCUAAGUGUUAAAAGCAAAUGUGCACCAUUAUUUACUUUAUUUCAUUGCUUUGAGAGAUAUAUGUACACACACUAACAUGAGCAGAUUAGCAUCUGUGAACAGUUACUGUCGUACACAUAGUUUCCCAAAUGGCAUACUUGAAGGUUUGCUGUGUGAUUAGCAGUUGCAAAAACUGGUUUGUGAAGCAGUCGGCAAGCAGGCUUGGCAAACCGCUGUUUUUGAAAAACAGGUUUGCCAAACUAUUUUUGGUUUGUUGUGCAUCUGAACCUUUACAGAAUGUCAGUCCCUCAUCAUUUUGACAGAGUGGACUUUUCUCCCUUUUGGAUGCUUGGUGGUCAUUUGUAGUGAAAAUCCUUUUAUGCUGGGAGAAUGGAUAGUCUAGUCGUUAAAGAAAUAUCAUCUGAACUUGAAGCUCUAACACAGGGUACUUAUAGUCAACCCAGCUGAAGAGUGAGUACCUGAUUUAAAUUGGAUAUUUGAAAAAUUAAGAAAUGAUGCACCAUCCUAAGGGGAAAUCGAGACUAAAAGACAAACUUUUCCUGAAGAUUUGAAUUUAUUUAUGGUAUUUUUUGCUCUCCAUAACAGUAUUUUGCUUAUUGCUAAUCAAAUCAAACACUGUUGAAAAAAGCUUGAGCAAUUUUAGAGGUCAAGAUAUGAUUGAAAUGUUUGGAUAUGGUCAUGUUUUGUAUUCUCUAUCCUGUUGUCUUCUAUAUGUAACCCAUUAACAAAUUCCAAGUUACUCGAUGCUAUCACAUUAUCCGUAUUCUAUUGUCAUUGUCCCCUAAUACUUAUUGACAGUACAACUUGACUCAUUCAGUUUUGUGUACAAAUAUUAGUGGCCUCUAAUUUGUCACAUUCAAUAAUGUUCACUCCAAAAGUAUGUAAACAAACAGGGAUGAAAUCUGACCAUUUAACGAGUCAUUUUAAAAUAGAGUUACAUCCCUUAACAAACAGAAAGAUUUGAUUGGAAUUGAAAAAUUUUUCUAGGUGUAUUUUUUUCUUAAAAAGUCAUGUAAACAUGAUAGUGAUAGCACAUAUCAAGAAGGCCAUUGACUUUUUCUUUAUUUUUGAGCCAGUUUCAUAGUCUAGAGCUAUUCUUCCUGAUCACAAAUUAUGUUUCUGUAUGGUGUGUGACCAUUAGAAUUCACUUCCUAGACAUCACACAGGUCAUACAUUUUCUGUAAUAUUGUGUCCAAAAAUUACUGAUAGAUUUAGAAGAUUUUCACGAUGGACCGGGGAGUAGCUUAUGUCCACUUUCUUUAAACUUUAUAUUUUUUUUUAUUUGUCCUGUUUAUUUUUUAUGAAAAAAAUCAGGGAUAUCUGAGUACUUUCAUGAACGUCAAGGUCACAUGUCGAUAUGAACACAGAUUAAUGUAUGUAUGAAGGGGUGUGGUUGUGUAGGUUUUCAGUGUAAUCUACCCACAUUGACAUUCUGUGCUGCAUAUUGUCUCUGGGGCUCAGGGUAGCUACAUCCCUGCCUCAUGGAUUAAACAGCUGUCAUUAUCCACUCCUUUUAAAAGUGGCAUUUAUCAAUCAAAAUAGUUUUUAUUUAGCGUGCAUAUAGGUAUAGCUUGUGUAUAUAUACUUAGGCAUGUUUUUGCAUGGAUGCAUGUGAGUUGUAAAACAAGGGAGUGAUAUGCUUUGCAGAAGAACACUUUGAUAAAGCUAAAAGGUUAUGUAAAUAUUAUAAGAACACUAAAAAAAUCUUUGUAUAUGCAGAUACAUAGAAGUGUAUAGAUGUGUAUAUUCAUGCAAACUACUGUGGGUAUGGGUGGUUGCUGGGAUGCAUGUAUGUAUUGUUUGAUCAAAAUUGCAAAAUCUUCCACAGUUUUUUUUUUUUUUUUUUUUUUUAAUUUUAGCUAGUCAUGUGGAUUUUCUUCACAGUGAAUAGUGGAAGUCUGCAUUUAUUUGGUAUUGCAAUCCACAUUCAUGUUUAUCCACUUCCACAGCCUGUCUUUUUAUGUGGCAGUAGAACCUGUUGAUUUGUUGAUGUUUUUCAGCCACAUGAUAUUAUGCCUAAAAAUGCUCAUAGCACACUGCCAUUUUAAUUUUCUAUUUGCUGCUAUUUUUUUCUUGUUCCAGUAUUAUGCUAAUGAAUUUGAAACACUGUCUAUGGCACUAAGAUUUGUGUAAUUGUCCUCGGCUUUACAGUUCAUAUGCUUUAGGGUCUUGUGAUCAAGGAGUGGUCCAUACAUAUUUUUAAGACCUACCUUGUUUGUGUUGGCCUUUUGGCUUGUAUUCAGGUGGAUGUCCCAGCCAUACUUAAUGUGUCACGUUUUUGUUGCGUUUCAACUUGUUGUAACUGUUGUAUGCUUUGAAGUUUCUAUGAUUACCUGAAAGUAUUAUAAGUUCCACAAGAAGACAGUUGUAUUUUUUUGAAGUAAAAGAGCAUCCUGCAUUUUUGAUAGAACAUUAUUAUGUCAUCUAAGAGUACCUGUGAUGGUGUGUUGAAGAUGCUGUAUUUCACAAACAAGUUCUUAUAGUAGUGUAAGUUUUAUGUUUUUGUAGGUUUUACACACACACAAAAAAAAAAGUUUUGCAAGUGACAUUAGUGUACAGUUUUUCUGAAAAUAAGAGUAGGGUGGAAAGGUGAAAGUACUGUCUGUUAUUUCCUGUGAUUUUUAACAUGACAUUUUCCUUAUUCUAUUAUCAUUUAUGUACAGUAUGCUAAUAUAACGACAGUCUUUUGCAAACAGUAUUCUUUUAUUUGCAUUGGAUGCUUUACAUUACCUAUAAUUUCAUUUCCUGUCCUUUGUACACUUACAUUUCCACUUUUUUGGUUUAUUAUUAUGGACUGAUAGUUUGUGUCUUGUGCUUUGCACAACGUUAGAGGAAUGUUUAAACACCUUUUCAAACUGAAAUUUUUCAGUUUCUUCUGGUUUGAAGUCAGCAAUAUAUUUUGUUUUACUGCUUUGUAAUCUUGGAGCCCAAAGUUUGUAUUCAAUAAUUGUAAACCACUUAAACAUACUUUUUUCCCUUGAAUAUUGUAACUACAAAGAUAAUGGCAGGUGUUAGGUUCAGGUUGCCUCCCUUUUACCUAUUUUAUUUGACAGAUAACUUAGUUAUCUCACAGCCAUAUGCGCAGAUCAGCAAUGAAAUAACAAAAUAGAAGUAUUAUUCAUGCGAAAGUUUAUAAGGUUACUGUAAGAUAAUACAUGUUUUUGCAUUUUUUAAUAAACUUGCGAAAACAGGUUUUAAUACAUGCAGUUACUUAUUACUAAUGUUUAUUUACUUCUUUCCUAAAAAGGAAAAUAUGAGUAAAGAUUAAGCUGGCUUUUUCAUUUGUGUUUAAUGAAAACAUUGUUUUCAAGGACAAUUGUCUAUUAAACUGGCAUGGUCGUUUUA